AAAAGAGACAGGGCUGCUUUAAGAGAGAAACAGGAAGUUGUAACUAGAAGCCAUCUGAAUACUAAGCCUGAGCAGAAUGCUGGCGAAGUAGCACUAAAGUGGCAGGGUUUGUUCUGAAAUUCUCAGUAGCCGAGUGUCUUAGGCAGAUCUUGACAAAAUAGCCCUUAUUCUGGUUUUUAUCUAAGGAAUCCCAAGAAGACCGGAGAAUGGAGAGACAGGGAAGGCUCACAUCAGUGAAGGCUGAGUAUCAGUUUCAACAUCAGGGAGCCGUGGAGCUGCUUGUCUUUAAUUUCUUGCUCAUCCUUACCAUUUUGACAAUCUGGUUAUUUAAAAAUCAUCGAUUCCGCUUCUUGCAUGAAACUGGAGGAGCGAUGGUGUAUGGUCUCAUAAUGGGACUAAUUUUACGAUAUGCAACAGCACCAACUGAUAUUGAAAGCGGAACUGUCUAUGAUUGUGGAAAACUGACCUUCAGUCCAUCAACACUGCUGGUUAAUAUCACCAAUCAAGUUCAUGAGUAUAAAUACAAAAGGGAAAUAAGCCAGCACAACAUCAGUCCCCACCAAGGCAAUGCUAUACUCGAAAAGAUGACAUUUGAUCCAGACAUCUUCUCUAAACAAAAAAUCAGAAAGCCAUUAAGACACUUUUUUCAAAACUUAGGAUCUAUUUUGACAUAUGCCUUCUUGGGAACUGCCAUCUCCUGUAUUGUCAUAGGGUUAAUUAUGUAUGGCUUUGUGAAGGCCAUGAUGUAUGCUGGCCAGCUGAAAAAUGGGGACUUUCAUUUCACAGACUGUUUAUUUUUUGGUUCACUGAUGUCCGCUACAGAUCCAGUGACGGUGCUGGCCAUUUUCCAUGAACUGCACGUGGACCCUGACCUGUACGCCCUCCUGUUUGGGGAGAGUGUGUUGAACGACGCGGUGGCCAUAGUCCUUACGUAUUCUAUCUCCAUUUACAGUCCCAAGGAGAAUCCAAAUGCAUUUGACGCUGCAGCCUUCUUCCAGUCCGUGGGGAAUUUCCUGGGGAUCUUUGCCGGCUCCUUUGCAAUGGGGUCCGCGUAUGCAGUUAUCACGGCACUGCUGACCAAAUUUACCAAGCUGUGUGAAUUCCCGAUGCUGGAAACAGGCCUGUUUUUCCUCCUUUCUUGGAGCGCCUUCCUGUCUGCUGAAGCUGCCGGGUUAACAGGAAUAGUUGCUGUUCUCUUCUGUGGAGUCACACAGGCACAUUAUACCUACAACAAUCUGUCGUCGGAUUCCAAAAUGAGGACUAAACAGUUGUUUGAAUUUAUGAACUUUUUGGCUGAGAAUGUCAUCUUCUGUUACAUGGGCCUGGCGCUGUUCACGUUCCAGAAUCAUAUCUUUAAUGCCCUCUUUAUACUUGGAGCCUUCAUAGCAAUUUUUGUUGCCAGAGCCUGCAACAUAUAUCCUCUCUCCUUCCUCCUGAACCUGGGCCGUAAACCGAAGAUCCCCUGGAACUUUCAGCACAUGAUGAUGUUUUCAGGUUUGCGAGGAGCGAUUGCAUUUGCCUUGGCUAUUCGGAACACAGAAUCUGAGCCCAAGCAGAUGAUGUUUACCACCACGCUGCUCCUCGUGUUCUUCACUGUCUGGGUAUUUGGAGGAGGAACCACUCCCAUGCUGACUUGGCUUCGGAUCAGAGUUGGUGUGGACCUGGAUGAAAAUCUGAAGGAGGAGCCAUCUUCACACCAGGGAGCAAAUAACUCGGAUAAAGGCACAAAAAAAACAGACAGCGCUCGGCUCUUCAGAAUGUGGUACGGCUUUGACCAUAAAUAUCUGAAACCGAUUUUAACACACGCUGGCCCUCCACUGACCACAACGUUACCUGAAUGGUGUGGUCCGAUUUCCAGGCUGCUCACCAGUCCUCAGGCCUAUGGGGAACAGCUAAAAGAGGAUGAUGUGGAAUGCAUUGUCAACCAGGACGAGCUGGCCAUGAAUUAUCAGGAGCAAGCCUCGUCCCCCCACAGUCCCCCUCCAAGGCUGGGUCCGGACCAGAAAGCUUCACCCCAGGCUCCAAGCAAGGAAAACAUUUAUGAGGGCGACCUUGGCCUAGGAGGCUAUGAACUCAAGCUUGAGCAAACUGCGGGUCAAUCCCAGUCGAAUUAAUUGGCACAAAGAGUGCAAAUGUAAUCACAAGUAAUGCAGGGCUCACUGAGGAGUAUAAGCCAAGCUGAUGAGGCAGUGUAGGGGAGAGACUGGAAAUGUAUUAAGAGCCUGAAUUGGAGAGAAUCAAAGCCUUAUCACAUAUAUCCUCUGGUGCCUGAAGAAAUGAGAAUUAUCACCCCUUAAUAUUAUGCAACUGAGUUUAAUUUUUGACAGCAGACAUUUCUGUUACUGGAUUGACUGGGGCAUGGGUGGGACAGUCAGGAGCCCCGCUGCAGGAAGGGUGAGACAGAGUGCUGGGCCAGGAGG